CAGUGUGUAGUGUGGUGGUGGGUGUGUUGAAUUAAAGUGACACAACUGCAGUACGUGCCACUCAGUAGCUAAAGAGAGCAGAGCAGCACUCCAGGGUCUGUGAGCUGUGAGGGACAUUUAAAAGGGAAGUAACCGUUUCAGUAGAGCAACGAGCCACACAGAGAGAGAGAGAGGAGGAUAGAGCUUCUCACCAUGCUGUAGAGCAUCCAUGGCUCUAAUCUAGUUUAUAAAGGAUCCUGAUAGGAACUGGGAGAGAGAAAUGUGUUUUAUAUUCUCAAAGAUUUAACUCAGUGUGUUAUUUUGGAUUAUGCAUAUCUGUGUUUUCCACAGCACUGAAUCUGGAUGCAGGAUCUAACCAGCCCAGAACUGCAGCAAGUCAGCUGGUUUUAUCCAUUUACCCCAUAUGGCUUUUUCCUCCCUUUUUCUCUUCUAUUUGUUUGAAUUUCGAAGAUGAGCAAGAGGCAGUCGGUCAGCUGCACAGUGAGCACAGGGGAGCAGGAGGACACACAGAACAGUACAGGCAUUUUGAAAUAGAACUAUAAAAGGAGGAGAGGAAGAGGAGGAGGAAGAGGAGAGUCUGUGUUGUGUGGCAGAGUUGUGGUGUUCCCUGCUCAGUGCCUAGCAGUAACAUGGCUGUGAUACAGAAGAGGGAGACCCCCAGCAAGAAGACUGCACCCCAAGAAGCCAGAAAGGGUCUUUCUACCAGAGAUACUCUGGACAAGCAGAAAAAGGAGAGCAGAGCCGGGAGACAGAGAGAAAAAGGCAAUGAAGACACAAAGCCCAAUAAUUCAGAGAAGAGGAGAACAGUCAUCUGUGUCCCUGCCUCCAUCAAAUCAGCUGUGAUCAGUAACAACACAACCAGUCAAGCAGCAGGGCCACAGGCGCUGAAGGUUGAUGACAGGCUGAGACUAGCGAAGGAGCGGAGGGAGGAGCAUGAGAAUCAGCUUGUGUCCAGAGAGCUGGGCUGGUUGGCUCGAGAGGAGCGGGCCGGGCGUCUUUAUGAGCAGCAGCUGGAGGUGAGGAAGAGGAGGCUACAGGAGCAGAGAGAGAAGGAGGAGAAGCGAAGGACAGCUCUUGAGCAGAGGGAGGAGCUUAAGAAACAGCUUGUGUCCAGAGAGCUGGGCCGGUUGGCUCGAGAGGAGCGGGCCAGGCGUCUCCAUGAACAGCACCUAGAGGAGAGGAAGAGGAGGCUGCAGGAGCAGAGAGAGAAGGAGGAGAGGAGGCGCACUGCCGUGGAGGAGAAGAGGAGGCAGAGGAUGAAGGAGGAGACAGAGCGCUAUGAGUCUGUGGUGAAGAAGACCUUAGAGAAGUGCCAGAGGGCCAAACAGAGACUGAACCAGGGCUCUCGAGGAAGGAAGACCAAUAACAAGAGCGUAGUUCCUCGCAGCUCUCCCCUGACUGCCUGGGAGAGGGCUCUGGUCUGUCGCCUCCUAACCCCUACAUGCUCCUACCUAGCCAGGAGAAGGAGUCAUAGUUGUCAGUCAAGAGAAGAGGAAGUUGUCCAUGUUUGUCCCCGUUCAGCUUCAUGCCACUCCAUACCUUCCACUGCCACCAACUGUCAUAAAUCACCAUUCCGCUCUGGCACACCUGACCACCACCGGGUGCGGGCAGGCCUCCAGGCAGACUACCGCUCUGGCACACCUGACCACCACCGGGUGCGGGCAGGCCUCCAGGCAGACUACCGCUCUGGCACACCUGACCACCACCGGGUGCGGGCAGGCCUCCAGGCAGACUACCGCUCUGGCACACCUGACCACCACCGGGUGCGGGCAGGCCUCCAGGCAGACUACCGCUCUGGCACACCUGACCACCACCGGGUGCGGGCAGGCCUCCAGGCAGACUACCGCUCUGGCACACCUGACCACCACCGGGUGCGGGCAGGCCUCCAGGCAGACUACCGCUCUGGCACACCUGACCACCACCGGGUGCAGGCAGGCCUCCAGGCAGACUACCGCUCUGGCACACCUGACCACCACCGGGCACAGUCAGACUUCCAGGCAAAUCUCCGGGCAGACUACCGGUCUAUCAUCUGGGCAAACUACCAGUUAAAAGCAGCACAGCAGAAGGAGAGUGAGAGGACGUUCAGGAGGAAUAGACAGCAGCCUCACAUACCCAAUGCUCCUGUGAAAGUGUUACCCACAAACAUACAGAGCAGAGAUGCAGUGCCCUCUCCAGAACGUAAACCUGUGAUCAGACACAAACCUGUGAUCAGACAGCCUCCAUCACAGCAGGUUGGGCUGGAACUGUACCCUGUUCCGGAGGAGGAUGGUCCUCCAGUCUCCAACCAAACCCUCUCCCCUGGGAACUCACGGCCCAGCCAGACCAUCUCUCCUUGGGCUCCAGUCUCCAACCAAACCCUCUCCCCUGGGAACUCACGGCCCAGCCAGACCAUCUCUCCUUGGGCUCCAGUCUCCAACCAAACCCUCUCCCCUGGGAACUCACGGCCCAGCAAGACCAUCUCUCCUUGGGCUCCAGUCUCCAACCAAACCCUCUCCCCUGGGAACUCACGGCCCAGCAAGACCAUCUCUCCUUGGGCUCCAGUCUCCAACCAAACCCUCUCCCCUGGGAACUCACGGCCCAGCCAGACCAUCUCUCCUUGGGCUCCAGUCUCCAAUCACACCCUCUCCCCUGGGAACUCACGGCCUAGCCAGACCAUCUCUCCUUGGGCUCCAGUCUCCAAUCAUACCCUCUCCCCCGGGAAGUCACAACCAAUCAGCAUCUCAGCAGCAGCAUGGGACCAGGUCCAACCAUUCGUAGGCUCAGCAGAACCUCAGACAGUCCCCACACCUAGAACUGAGGGCGAUACAGGCCCCCUUCCUGGAGCCCCCUCCUGCACCAGGUCGUCUGCUGGCACAAUGGAUCCAGAGGAGGCCUCAUGUCUUCUGGCCGAGAAGAGAAGAGAGGCCCGUCUGAAGAGAGAGAGAGAGCAGAAGGAAUGCCUGCGCAGGGAGGAGAUAGAGAGAGCGGAGCUGGAGCGCAGGAGGGCAGAGGAGCGAGCACGGCUCGAGGCUGAGGCCCAGUGGCUGGUAGUGGAGAGGAGGGAGAAAGAGGAGCAGAGACAUGCACAGGAGGAGAGAGUCAUCCGGGCCACACAGGAAGCUGCUCUCCUCCAGAAACAGAGAGAGGAGGAGGAGGCCCAGGCCAGGGACAAGGCAGAGCAGCAAAGGCUGCAGAGAGACAAGCACUUCCAGAAGGAGGAGGAACAACGGCAGGAGAGGAAAAAGCGACUGGAGUUGAUCAUGAGGAGGACUAGGAAGACCUCAACUGAAGAUAAAAAAAUGCCUGUCCUGAAUGGGAAGACAAACAGAAACCCCUCUCCAGAGGAAGCCCAACCAAAAAAGAACACUGAGCCUGUGAAGAACGGCAACAGCACUUUAGAAGAGGUCAUCAACCUAGGGGUCGGGACGGGGACCAAGUCAUCCAAUCUAGGUCUGAGUGGCGUGGAAGACAACAUGGUUCCUGUCAUGGCCUUUAAAGAACGCAGGUCCCUGCUAACUCUGACCGGCAUGGAGGAGAUCCAGUCCCAUCAGAGGGCAGGUGAGAGCUCAUCACAUCCUCCGUCAGCUCAUCUAUACUCUCUAUGCUAUGUAGAUAUUACGCUAGAGUCGUGAACACUAGAUUCCCCCCAAAAGUCCAAGAUUUCUACCGCCAAGAGGUUAUGGGCUCUCAAUAUUUAACGUGUGAUUCGAACCCGGAAGCGGAUUACAUAUUUAAGGUCUCUCAAUCAUUUCUUUGUAUGUGUCUCUAAGUCUAAGAUAUAUAUGUGAAUCAAGUGAUUUUAUGUUAUUAACCCAUUUCUAUCACACACUCCUUAGAAGUUAUCUGAGUAUCGUACAGAUCAGAGAGGGGAGACAGCACAUCCACAAAUCUUUCCACAGCUGUGGCGUUUUUUCCUUUUUUUUUGACAAAGAAAGGAAUAACUGCAGCCUUUUUCCUGCCCUGCACUUUUAGAGAGCAUAUGUGAUGAGAAACACACAUUUCUCUGGAGGACUUUCUGAUCUCGAAGGAGCUUACCACCAUUUGGUCACACUUCUCUUUAAUCCAAAAUGUCACGAGCUACAUUUGUCAUCACCAUGUACAACACUAGACAGGGGAGCUUGUUUGUCAUUGCAACAACUCUGAACAAUGUUUUAUCUAGACUGUAAAUGAGGGUCCAUGCCUCAUAGCUGCAGAUUUAAACUGAUUAAAUUAGUAGUUUAAUAUGAUGGGUGUUAAGAUACGCAAUUUACUCAUAAAAAUAUUCUGUCUAUACAUUUUUAACUGUAUUGGCACUGAAUGUCUCUUAAUCAUGUCUGAUGUUUUUAGCCAUGUGCUUUAGCUUUUCCUAACUAUGCUGCUAUUUGAGCACUUUGCCUUCCAGUUAACAGAAUAGUGGUGUGCUAGUUUCAGAGCAAAAGCUUUUGUUUUGAGUUCAAAUAAAGGCCACUUUCUGACUAUAAUCUAAUAAUAUUUUUCAAAGCUGCUAUGGAACUUGUGUGGUUUGUCAUUUUAGAGAACUAUACUCACUUGAGGGUGGACCACUUCCAAAAGUAUUUUGGCAGUUCCUUACUUGGAAAUUGUGCAAUCAUUUUAGAAAACAAAUAAGAGUCUGAAGUGUAAAAUGUAAGUCUGUCUUUUAAAGUGUAAAAACAAAUAAAGCAAUGCACUGAUAAAACUGUGAUCUGGUAUGAGUAGGUUGUCACUUGUUUCAUACACUGCAGUCCUGUCCACGUACAGUGCAUUC